AUGCUCUCGCAGUGCACGUUUGUGAUGUCGCGAUGGACAUCGCGCCUGCCCCCGUUUCUGCGGCGUGCCGUGCAAGUGGAACAGAUGGAGAUGGACUCGGCUCUGUCUCAGAUGUACUCCUUGUGCCUCAAACCCUCCCUGGUGAGCAAAAUGAGUCGGGCCCGGAAGAUGACGAAGGGCCACUACUACCGUGAUGACCCUGCGUUUCUCAUGCUGCAGCUCGUGUUCAUCGUCGUCGUCUCGGUUGCGCAGUGGCUACUGCUAGGUAUGAGCAGAUCGCUGGUGGGCAUUCUGUUUUCCGCCAUCGCAUGGUACGUGCUGAGCGGAUUAGGCAUGGCGUGUGUAUGGCGUGCGGUCGCAGUGAUGUAUCUUUCCCCAUCUUCAACAUCCACGCAUGGCGGAGUUCUGACUGGGGCCACCUCAGCCCUCGGCGUCGACUCCGUUGUGGACUACCUGCGCCCUGACCUGGACUGGCGCUACGCCUUUGACGUGCACUGCAACGGCUACUUCACGUUCUUCAUUUGGACAGAGGUGAUCGCGUACUUUCUGGCCCCUGUCAUGAGCGUGUCAUGGGUGAGCAACGCGGUUGUCAGCAUUGGAACUACCACAUACCUGUACAGUGUCUUCUUGGGCUACCUGGAGAUCCCGUCGUUGUCCUACCAGCAGCGUCUGCUCUAUCCUGUGCUGAUUGUAGGCGUGCUGUUCCUUCUUCUUAGCUUCUCCGAUAUCAAUGUUGGGGUGAAAUUGUGGCUGCAGCAAUGCGCCAAAUAA